UCCAUCCCGAACUUUAUACAGUAUUUAGAAUGAUCACAUGACUGUCAUGUCAAAAUGUCUUCUGAAAAGUUUGAGUCACUUGAGGAUGAUUUGUCAAGUGUUUUGGACAGUAUAAGAGACAGAGUCGAAGGGAAAAUCCCAAAUUUUGAGGGAGAGGAGAAAAAGACAGCCAUUCGCCAUGCAGAAAGAAAUAUUGAAGAAGCAAACUGCAUUCUACAGGAAAUGGAAAGUGAAGCAAAGAUGGCACCUAUUUCUUAUAGAUCUCAACAAAUAUCAAGAAUACGUAACUACAGACAUGACUUAGAUAAUAUAACCAAAAAUCUGAAGAAAAGUAAAGGAGCUACAGGAAGAGGAUCUGAUAAUUUUGGUUUUGAUAGAGAUGAGCAAAUGGCAGCUUCUUCGAGAAACAAACUUUAUCAGGGAACUCAGUCUUUGAAUCGUGCCACAGAUAGCAUUGCAAGGACACAUCAGAUAGCAGCUGAAACUGAUGAAAUAGGGGUAGAAAUAAUUGAUGAAUUAGGAAGACAGAGGGAAACCUUAGGAAGAACAAGAGAUAGGCUGUAUGAUACAGAUUCAAAUUUAUCUAAAAGUAGAAAAAUCCUUAAAACCAUGGCAACAAGAGUGAUGACCAACAAGAUGAUUUUAAUUGUGAUAAUCCUGUUAGAAGUGUGUGGACUAGGUGGAGUUAUUUAUUGGAAAUUCUUUACUAAACAUUCAUGAUCACAGAACCAUAACAACUAGACUGAUGUUUAUGAUGAACCUCCCAGUAAACAUCCAGUAGACUGAGAUUGUAUAAAAAGUCUGGAUAUGAAAUCAGAUAAAAUAUGAACAGGUCCACAUUGUACUAAAAAUGUAUUUAACUGGGAAAUUUUAAUAUCAUGUGAUAUUCUUUAAAAUGAUUUGAUAACUGUAAGUUCAGAAAUUAAUGCUUGCAUUUAUUAUUGCAAAUCCUUGACCACUGGCAGAAAGUAAUAUCUAAAUAAAUAAUUUGAUUGCAAAUAUUUAUUGAAGUUUUUUAAUGAUAACCUGAUAAUGUCACAGUUUUUGCAUUAAUAAAAACAUUGCAAUAAUUUCAGAAUUUUCACUUCUAUGAUGCAUACUUUUUUGUUUAUGUUUUUUAACUUCAGUUUUUGUAUGUGAGUUUGUGUAUAUUCAGAAUGUGUAAUUCUGUAAUGGAUAUCUGUGAUUUGUUUGUUUGCAUGUGUUUACUUUUGUUUUGAUGGAUGUUUAUAUAUUUAAUGAAAGUAAGAGAGAAAAAGAAAGUCCCAUUGAGUAAAUGUCUGACAGUUAUAGUGAAAGUGAGAGAAAGAAAGUCUAAAUGAUAAUAGAUUUGAAUAAUGGAAGUGAGAGAGAAAGAAAGUCCCAUUGAAUACAUGAUUACAAGAAUCCAUAUAUAAUUUAAUGUAUUGUCAUAUAUGCAUAAUAAAAUUGAGAAUUGAAAUGGGGAAUGUAUCAAAAAGACAACAACCCGACCAUAGAAAAAACAACAGCAGAAGGUCACCAACAGGUCUUCAAACAUAUUUUCAUUUAUUUAUCUCAAAUAUAAGCAUACAAGUAUAUUUUCUCUUGACUUACUUAGUCAAGUUUAAUUAAUCAAGACCUGGGUCCACAGUAACCAUCCCAUUUUAUGCAUUAAUGUAUUACCACUGUUGAUAAUUGUAAAUUUAUACAUUUGCACUGUAUCCCUAAUUUAUCAAAUUUUGUUAAGGCUGUUGAUCACCUGACACUUUCCUCUUUUAUUUGUUCCAGUGAUCAGGUCAGAGUUAAAUUUUCUAUGUAAAGGAGUAUAUGUCAGUACGACUUAUUUACAUAAGGCAUUGAAUUCACAUUCCAUAUAAUUUCAGACUUCUGUCUGUCCACCUCAAAUAUUUUGUAUGUCUCUGUCACCCCUCGAACUCAUUUUCAUUCUGUAGUGAUUUGACUUAAGCUUUAAUAGUUUAUGAUGUGUCUAUUGUUACGAAUGAAAAUAACAUUUUGUAAAUCUGAAGGCAUCUCUAGAUUUACUACAUCAGAAACACUCUAACUCAAAUAAAUGAAAACCAGCAGUUCUUAAGAUUACUCGUAAGUCAUACAAUUUCAGUAAAACUUGCAAUCAAUUUUAAUUGUAAGAUUUUUAGUGAAAUGAGUCACAGGUGUGUAUAAAAAUGUGAGGAAUAUGCCCCUGACAAAUUAGGCUUUUAAUUCUGUUUCAUGUAUUAGAGAGCUUAUUAUAUGUUAUGAAUGAAUGAAUAUUAGAAAUUUGUUAAGCAUAUAUCUAAGCAUAU